CAUGCCUAGAAACACCAUUGCUGCUGAGCCCUGACAGCUGAAGGGCAAGGGAAGCCCAGGGGCAGGACCCGUCUUGGAUUCGAGAUGGCUAAUAGGCCCAGGGUCAGCGAGACUCUGAAAGUGGUGGUCCGCUGCCGCCCCAUGAACAGGAAAGAGGAAGCAACUGGCUACGAGAGGAUCCUGGACAUGGAUGUGAAGCUGGGCCAGGUGACUAUCCGGAACCCCAAGGCCUCUCCAGGGGAACUGGCCAAAACAUUCACCUUUGAUGCUGUGUAUGAUGCCACCUCCAAGCAGGCAGACGUAUACGACGAAACAGUCCGGCCAUUGAUCGAUUCAGUUCUGCAAGGAUUCAAUGGCACCAUCUUUGCCUAUGGUCAGACCGGUACCGGGAAGACCUACACUAUGCAAGGGAUCUGGGCUGACCCCGAGAAGAGAGGUGUCAUUCCCAUCUCCUUUGAGCACAUUUUCACCCAUAUCUCCCGUUCGCAGAACCAGCAAUAUUUGGUCAGGGCUUCCUACCUGGAGAUCUAUCAAGAAGAGAUCCGAGAUCUCCUGGCAAAAGACCAGAGUAAGAAAAUGGAGCUGAAAGAGAACCCAGAAACAGGUGUUUACAUCAAGGACCUUUCAUCUUUUGUGACAAAAAAUGUCAAAGAAAUUGAACAUGUCAUGAAUUUGGGGAACCAGACUCGAUCAGUGGGCAGCACCAACAUGAACGAGUACAGCUCCCGCUCACACGCCAUCUUUGUCAUCACAGUGGAAUGCAGUGAGACUGGCCCAGAUGGAGAGGAUCACAUCCGGGUAGGAAAGCUGAACCUGGUGGACUUGGCUGGGAGUGAACGGCAGAGCAAGAUGGGUGCCCAGGGGGAACGACCAAAAGAAGCCUCAAAGAUCAACCUCUCCCUCUCUGCUCUGGGGAAUGUCAUCUCAGCUCUGGUGGAUGGCAAAAGCACUCAUAUCCCAUACCGGGACUCCAAGCUCACCCGACUUCUGCAGGACUCUUUGGGUGGCAAUGCUAAGACCAUCAUGGUAGCCACACUGGGCCCAGCUUCUCACAGCUAUGAUGAGACCUUGUCAACCCUCCGAUUUGCUAAUAGGGCCAAAAAUAUCAAGAACAAGCCACGAGUCAAUGAGGAUCCCAAAGAUACACUAUUGCGGGAGUUCCAGGAGGAGAUCAUCCGUUUGAAGGCCCAGUUGGAGAAACGCGGGAUGCUGAGCAAGAAAAGGCGGAGGAAUAGCCGGAGAAAGAAAACCAUGGAUGGGGAGGGAACCCCAGAAGCUGAAGAAGCAGAGGACCAUGAGGAUGGAGGGCUGGAAAAAAACAUGAAGAAUUACUUGAAGGAGCAAAAGGAGAGGUUGGAGGAGGAGAAAGCAGCAAUCCAGGAUGACCACAGCCUGGUGAGUGAGGAGAAGCAAAAGCUACUGGAGGAGAAGGAGAAGAUGAUUGAGGAACUCAGGAAGGAGCAAGAGGCCACUGAACUUCUAGCCACCAAAUACAAGGCAAUGGAGAGCAAGUUGCUGAUUGGUGGGAGGAACAUCAUGGACCACACGAACGAGCAGCAGAAGAUGCUUGAGCUGAAGAGGCAGGAAAUUGCAGAGCAGAAGCGGCGUGAGCGGGAAAUGCAACAGGAAGUGCUUUUGCGGGAUGAGGAAACCAUGGAGCUCCGGGAGACAUUCACCUCUUUACAGCAGGAAGUAGAAAUCAAAACCAAGAAGCUCAAAAAGCUGUAUGCCAAGCUCCAGGCUGUGAAGGCAGAGAUCCAGGACCAACACGAUGAAUACAUCCGAGUGCGGCAAGACCUGGAGGAGGCACAGAAUGAGCAGACGCGAGAACUGAAACUCAAGUACCUAAUCAUUGAAAACUUUAUCCCUCCUGAGGAGAAAAACAAGAUCAUGAACCGCCUCUACUUUGAUUGUGAGGAGGAUCAAUGGAAAUUCCAGCCCUUGGUGCUGGCUGCAGGGGGUAGCAGCAGCAGCAGCAGCAGCAGCAGUAACUCCACCACUGGGACCCAGAUGAAAAAGCGGCCAACCUCUGCAGUGGGAUACAAAAGGCCAAUCAGCCAAUACGCUCGCCUAGCCAUGUCAAUGGGGUCCCAUCCUCGGUAUCGGGCUGAGAACAUAAUGUUUCUGGAACUAGAUGUCUCUCCACCAGCUGUAUUUGAGUUUGAGAUCACACAAGACCAAAGUGAGCAUGACCCACGAGCAUUGCAUUUGGAGAGGCUGAUGCGCCUAGAUAGCCUCCUUGAGCGACCUGCAGCAUCUCGAGUACGGAAGUCACGAUCAUGGUGCCAGACUCCUCGCACCUUGCCACCUUCAGCAACACAAGUGUCCCUAGCCUCCGGCUCACAGAACCCUUCCACAACAUUGGCUCACAAAUAACAUCCCAUGAGCCCUUCCCCUUUCUUCAGAUAUGAGGACUGCGCUCUUUCUUCUGCCACUGAUUGCCUCUGAGAACACAUAGUCCAGGGAGAGGUGUCCCCUGCACUAACUCAUCUUUGUCUUUAGCUAUGUUUUGUGUGUGUGUGUGUCUGUAUGAGAUGAUGGCUCCCUGGGGUCCACAUCCCCAGCCCUCUCUGGAUCUGUCACCCAAUCACCCUAUUUAUUUAACAUAUUUAUUUAUGGUGUGUCUUUGUGAUGAUGCGGGGUUUCCAGCUGAGCAGCAGCCUCAGUUGGUGGAAAGUGCAGUGCUGCUGGCUUUCCUGUUAGUGUUGGGGCACUUGCUCGGUGCACAAUGUUUCUAGAAGACAAUGCUUGCUUUUUCUUCAUUCCAUGUAUGUUUUAGACUCAGAAGAAAAAAAAUAAUUAGGGGGCAAUGGGAAGAUGAACAGUCCACACUUAGCUCCAGUGGCGGUUCUGUCUGUUUCUUCUGGACUACGGAAAUCAUAGUCAACUUCGAUGAGUAUACUAUGCAGUGAGGAUGAUCAAAGUGGGCGAGACUCAGGGGCAGGAUCUUGAUCUCACCAAAAUAUAUGGAUUUCCUUCUGCUUUUGCAAUAAGGGCACAGGUCUCAUUUCAUCUUCUGUUCAAAGCCUCUCCAUCUACCCUCCACAUACCGAUGUUGCAGAGAGGUAGUCUGGGUACUGAUCGUGCAAGCAGAACUAUAAGAGGGCUAACAAAAGCAUCUUUGUGACAUUAGGAAACUUUCUCUACACCUGAUUCAGAAAAAGACAAGACAACUUUCAAGCAGCUCAUAAUUGAAAAACUUGGCCAACUUACCAAGACAAGGAGUCACCUGUACUUUAAUUGGGAAGAACAUUUUUGUAGCUGAAAACCAACCAUGUAUGUAAAAUGGGGAAGGGGAGCUGAAUACCCAGUUAUUUCAACAGAGCACAGGGAAUGGUAUAAUCUUAUCCAGAAGCAUGUUCCAAUUCACCAAGUUCCUUUCAGUGGCAACUGCAGGUUUAAUAGAGCAGCCAACUUAGUAGUGACAAGAAUUUUCUGGAGCUAAACUGAGACCAAGAGGAAAUAAUGGAAAAACCAGUCUUUAUAUUCAGUAUCUCUCUGUACCUCUGCCUAAGUUACCUUUUGCACUUUGACUUAUACUUAGCAGAAUGGCUGUCCUAAAGUUGGCCAUCCAGAGGAAAUUUUCUAGGAAUAACAGAAUUUUCUGUGGAAAAUUUCAGGUUACCUCUGCUAGGGAAUGUGACCCAUGAAGUUGCUAGCACUCAGCUGUACUUGUUACGUUGUUGGUAACCUUAGCUGCCAUGUUUCCAGGUAUUAAUAUGCAUGGGUAAAGCCAGAGUUACCCAAACCGAACCAGAUAAGCCAUCAUGAACUGCAGAAAAAUAUCAGGGCAUGAGAGGGGAAGUGGGAGCAGGACAGAAAACCUGCAUGAGAGGUUUAGAAAGGCUAAUUUGAUUAGCUUUUAUAGGAGUGGAAAGAGAAGGAAGUCUUGAGAUUGAUGAAUGAUCCUGAAUGUUCCAUCCAAUGCUGGCAGUAAUUUGUGGUAUAGAUUCUCAUGUCUCUGUGCUCUGAAUCCAGAACAUGAUGUGCCUGAAGGAAGGAUAAGAAGACAUCUAGCAUCGAAAGAGCUGUAGCACAGAACUGGGCAGAUCCAAGAGUGGUGACAGAGGUUAACCUGUGAAAGCUUAUAUACUGAGGCAUGUAACAUUUGGGAUUUCUGACAAAAUGAUUCUCCCAAAGCAUACCAGAAUACCUUUUGUCUCCUUUGCGUAUACCUUGCUUUGUCCUUGCAGGAAUAUUUCUGUUUUAGGAUUCUGUGGUUCAUUUAGGAACUGUUUGCUUCCUCUGGGAUUAAAAUGUUCAAGAUCAUUUAUUACCUUUCACCAUUGAGAGAAUGAUAGUAGCACAAAUUCUCACCACUGUUUCAUCUUCUAUUCUUUCAAAUGAAGUAAGGAUUAUAACCUGGGUUUAGCAAAUGUGAGUACAGAACUGAGGGCAAUUCCUGUUCCAAAGUCAUUAACCUGGGCUCCAUGUUUGUAUUAUCCACUUUUAAAAUUGCAAAGUUCAAACAGUAAGUUAAUGUCAGUCAGUUUGGUACCUGUAGUACAGAAACAGCAAAAGGACAUUUUCUGGGAAGUUCUUACUAACUUGAUACAAAAAAGGCUUUCUAGAGGUGGUAAUGUGGUAACUAACACAUCACAAUGUUACAUUAUUUUACUAUGUAGUAUGUCAAUCUGUCCUUGCUUUGUUGACCCUAAAGCUCUGGUCCAUCUUUCGUACUUGCUGUUUAGAAUAGCUACUGGCAUUCCUAUUGUGCUCGCUUGCUGUGCUUUUUUAUGCUGCACAUGGCUGACGAAUCAUGGGAGCUAGUACAGGAACACUGUUAAAGAUCAAAAGCAACAAAAAUGUUCAGGGAUGAUAGUUAAGAAUUUGGCAAGCCAGUUAGAAGCUAACCUGGCUCUCAGACCAUAAGAAGAAUAUAUGUUUAUUUCCCCUCAACUCUUAAAGGAGCCGCAUCAGCAAAAGGUAAAAGUAGCUUGAAUCCGCUUAAUCAAUGCUUCCUUGCCUUUGAUUUCCAGCAUCUCUUAAAUUCCAAAUACCUUGGAACUAGGAUCAAGCACAUCCAAAUGGAUCUUUUAGGUUUACUUUACAGCACAAUGGUCACAUACAGAAAGAAGGAUGAGACACUUCAAAGUCAAUUUAUUUGUGGGCUUAAACUAAUUAAGAACACUUGAAUUUACUAUAAGGCCUUUUGUCCUCUAGAAGUUAUUUACCAUGGACUAUAAAAGUAUAUGAACUGGAGACCUGUGAAAACAAAGGAGACAUGUCCUUCUUGAUAGCAAAGGCUAUUCCAUUGCAAACAUAAGAGAUGCUCUCACAAUGGAAAAGACACAUAACCAGAAUUUUUCCCAUCCAACCAGGACUGGAACUGGAUGCAGAUAAGCUGAGACCAGUUGUUCCUCCUGCAUAAUCACAUGUUGGCUCUAGAAAUCUGGGGUCAUUACUAGACAAUUAACCACAUCUGGCAUUUUGAAGCAGUGAGCCUGUCUGCACACAAACAUGGGGAACAGUGACACCUUUGGCAAUGUACUCCUACUCUGGCCAUAUAUUCUGUGUCUGAAGAUCUCUCCUACUCCGUUUCUCAAUCUGCUGCUGUGCUGCCAGUAACCUCAGAUAACUUCCUAGCACAAAACACAAGAACAAUUGCAAUGAAAUACUGUAACUUAAGACGAGAACCAAUUACUGAUAGCUGUGGCAUCCCUUCUCCGGUGGAGCUAGGAUGCUCCUACAGCUCUGCUGCAUUGCUGCGACAACCUCAGAUGUAGAUUUCUGAUGUUCUUUGUUCUUUGUAUGUCAGAGAGUCUGUAUUUACAUAUGAAUGUAUGUGGUGAGUAUGUAUGUUGUGUGGGUAUGUAUGGGUGUCCCACCCAGGGAAAAUCAUGGGAUUUCUGUCUAUUUGGGUGAUUGGAGAGGGGGGAAAAAUCCAGAGGGGAAUGAAGAAUGGGAGGGACUGGUUGGUUGGCAAGGCGAGGGCCUCUACUGGGACCAAAAUAUUGUGCCUGUUGCUGUGGUGAUUUACUUUGGCAGUCAAAAAUUGGUGUACGGUGGCCCAUGCUUGUUGCUCUAUACAUAUGAAUAUACAGGACAUAUUAUGCAUAAUAUAUUACACAUAAUGUACUAGAAGAGGUUGCUGUCCCAACCCCCUCUGGUUUUGGAUGGAUAGCUUUUCAAUACACUGUAAUGUUGCUUUGAUUUGGUGCAGGCCUGAAGAGCGCUGAGCAGUGCCACAACCAAAUCCCAGCCAUGACA